CGAGUUCUCUCCUCAGCAGAUAUAAGGAAUUGGUCCCAUAACUUCUCAAGUACAUUGUCUUUACAGAGGAGACACAGCUCAACAUACAAACUGAUAUACUGAUAUUUCCAUCAAAAUGUGGUAUGUUAUACCUUUCAUAUUCUUUCCUCAACGAAACCCUAGUUGCCUGGCAAUUGUUGUCUAUGCAGUACCAAUCCAAAUUAAUCUCUGAAAUGUCUUUGGACAAAGGAUCUUUGUAAUAUGGCAGGGAAAUGCAGCUACUUAAAUCUUUCAAAAAACAUUCAAACUGCUCUAAAUAUAGAUAAACAUGCAAGCCCCGAAGAAGCCCUAAGUAAAGGAACCGUUAGCUGUGGUACUGGUCAUCCCUGGCAGUGCUCAUCGCAGCCUCCUGUGUCUGUCUGGCUCAGGUCAGAAUCAAAAUCAAAACCCAAGAAUCACAUGCAAUUGAUGAGAUCUCAGGCGAUUCAGACCUGCGCUUCAGGCGUAUGGUUGGGGGCACCCUGGCCCCUCAUGUCCCCUGGCAGGCCAUGGUCUACCUGAGUGAAAACAUCAUGAACGGGGGCUUCGCUGGGGGAGCUCUAAUCUCUGACCGCUGGGUCCUGACCGCUGGCAGGAACUUGUUUGUCAGGAAGAGUAGGCAGGACACCCAGGGGAAAGAACCAAUCAUCCCCAAGGUGUACCUAGGCAUCACGCGACGCUCCCAAGCCAAUGCUUCCAAAGAAGUUGCUGUUGAAAAGGUGGUUCUGCACCCAGGCUUCCAGAACGUGUCAGACUGGGACAACGACCUGGCUCUGAUUCAGCUGAAGGAGCCAUUCACACUGAGCGAGGCUGUGAUGCCCAUCCCUCUGCCUGAGAGGGGUGAGGACCUGGCUGAGGCAGCCCAGAAGAAAGGCAUCAUCACAGGCUGGGGCUUGGGGGUCCACUUCACCCCCGCUGAGUUACUGAAACACCUGGUGUUGCCUGUGGUAUCGCACGGCUUCUGUAAAGCAGAGUACAACCCCAGGGGCCAAGUGCUGAGCAAGACUCCUACUAUAGACGACAACAUGUUCUGUACUGGAGCCAGCAAGUACCAGGAGAAUGUGUGCUUUGGGGAUGCAGGCGGUGCCCUGGCAGUCCAGGACCCCAAAGACGGCAGAGUGUAUGCUGCAGGGAUCCUGUCCUUCGAUAAGGCCUGUGCCAGGGAGAAAUACGCUGUCUACAUGAAGCUCUCUGCCUACAUGCCUUGGAUCAACAGUGUCCUCAGGGGCGACAGUGAGACAUCAGCCAGUCUCCGCUCCAGUGUAAUGUCUGAGAUGUAUUCGAGGCAGUUGUAGCCUGCACUCAGCACAGAUUCAGAUAUGAGAGCCGGGGCUCAUAAUCUCCAUUAUGCCUUUGCAAACAAAGUCAUUUUCUGCCUUGAUCUUGUAAAACUCUCUCAAGUUAUGACUUUCUUUGAGUGUGUGUCCUCGCCUGAUUGAGUAUGUCUUCCGAUGUUGAUUUCAAAGGAUUUUCAAUAAAUUCAUCUCUCUUAAGAA